AUGUCUACGGCCCAAGAAGAAAUCACACCCUCUCCACUUCAAGGUAUGAGAAUUGCCGUCAAAGACAAUUUUCACGUCAAGGGUAUGAAGACAUCCCUUGGCAACCGUGCCCACUAUGAGACAUAUUCAGUUCAAGAUAGCACUGCAGAGGCGGUGCUGAGACUGUUGGAAGCUGGUGUUCAUAUAGUGGGGAAGGUACAUUUACGUUCGUUUGCUAUGAUGGAGCACCCGAUGCAAAGCAUCGACUACCAAGCACCAUUCAACCCACGAGGUGAUGGCUAUCUGAUCACAGGAGGGAGUAGUGGCGCAAGUGCUGCUGCUGUUGCUACUUACGACUGGCUGGACUUUUCUAUUUGCAGUGACACUACGGGUAGUGCCCGAAUCCCCGCGCUUCAAGCAGGCGUGUUUGGCUUUCGUCCAUCUAGCAAUUCUAUCUCCGGUGAAGGUUUAGUUAAAGCAUGGCCAGCAUUCGACACUCCUGCAUGGAUGGGCAGGGAUCUUGAGAUGUUUCCUCAUAUCUUGCGUGCUCUACAUCUCCCUGGGCCAAAGGCUGAAUUUUCGAAAGAAUCUUCUGUUGAGAUUCUAUAUCCUACUGAUUUCAUACCUGAUAACAGCCCUGGCCAGGAGCAAGCCAUGGUUGAUUUUAUCGAAGACUUGACCAAAUCUACUGGGUGUGACCACAGAAGAAUUUCCAUCAAGGAAGAUUGGCAGAAAACAGCCCCUGUAGCAGAGAAGGAUCUGCAGCAGUAUCUUUAUAAUACAACGCUUCAUGGUUGGUAUUACUCGGCCUAUCAUUCCUUUGAUAACUUCAGGCAAGAAUACGAAGCAGUUCACAGCCAUGCUCCUUUUGUGACCGAAGUCAUUGAAUGGUAUUGGUACGAAUUCAGCCCCAUUCGACUGUCGUAUCCAAGGCUUACUAUGAACAGGAAGUUAGGCAGCCAGGUAACUUUACAGCAGCAUGAUGAGAUGAUGAAUAGGCUAUCAGUUUUCAAAGCCUGGUUUAUUGAUCAUUACAUCACGAACAACCCGCAAACUACUGUUAUUGCUUUGCAUAUCGAUAAAGUUCAACCAAGAUAUCGACACCAAUAUCCCGGAAAGAACAACCCAAAUGUGCCUGGUAUUCGACCAACUUUCCUUGCGGCAAUACUAGGAGCUCCUGAACUGGCUAUUCCGAUUUCUCAAAUACCAUAUCAGUCCAUGAUAACAGGCAAAAAAGAAGAACUACCGGUUGUAGUUUCUCUUUUGGGGCCAUCAGGGAACGACAUGGAACUCAUUCAAUGGUCUUUGGACGCCUUACGCGCAAGUGGUCGCCAAACCAUGGUCAAAACUGGCAAGACGGCCUUCUGA